AUGUGUCCUGACGUUCCCACCCCGUCGGUAGACAGUUUCCUUAUGACUUUGUGCUGUUUGCAGAAUGCACACUCUUACUCUGCAGCCGGCUUCUGGGGCUCCACCAGUAGAACUAGGGUUUCGGUUCCUCGUGGAAAGUGCUCCUGGGAUCUGCAGGGCCGGAAUCACCACGCACACCACGUGGGAGGUGGUUGGCAACGAAACACGUACUUUGACUCCUACAGCCUGCACAAAUCCUAUGGCGACCUGGUUCUGCUGAAGCACCAUGAGCAGUGGAUGGGCUAUGGUGAUGGCAGUGGCAAUGCUGUGUACAAGAAUUUCAUGUACUUCAACUACUAUGGCACAAGAGACAUGGCCAAGGUGGACCUCUCCUCCAACAGCCUAGUGUUGAAACGCUCUUUGCCCGGUGCCACCUACAACAACCGUUUCUCAUACGCUGGGGUGCCUUGGACUGACUUCAAUUUUGCUGGUGAUGAGAAGGGUCUGUGGGUGCUCUAUGCGACAGAGGAGAGCAAGGGUAAUCUGGUUGUAAGUCGUCUCAAUGAUAGCACCCUAGAAGUGGAGCAAACCUGGCACACCAGCCAGUAUAAGCCUGCUCUUUCAGGGGCUUUCAUGGCCUGUGGGGUGCUCUAUGCUCUACGCUCACUAAACACUCGCCAAGAGGAGAUCUUUUAUGCUUUUGACACAACCACUGGGCAGGAACACCACCUCAGCAUCCUGUUGGACAAGAUGCUGGAAACACUGCAUGGCAUCAAUUACUGCCCAUGGGAUCACAAGCUCUAUGUUUAUAAUGAUGGAUUCUUAAUAAAUUAUGACCUCACCUUCCUGACACUAAAGCAAAAGCUACCAAGUUCUCCCAUUAAAAGGCCUUCUGGGGCUCCAGCUCCAUCCAAACGUAUCAAGUCCAACAAGCCCUCUGGGCCAGGAGACUCCUUGACUCACCAGGGUACUUACUAGUUGAAGCAUGUUUUCUUCCUCACCUCUAGAAGGUCAGCUCCCUUAAUAACCAUCCACCCAAAUGAAUGAGGUUCACCAAUUAACUACAUUUUAUAUGUAAUCAGUCUGUCAGUCAACACAUUAAGGUGCCAAUAAUGGCCUUCGAGGAUUUGAUUAAGAAACCAAAUACAUUAUUAGCUAGAGCAGGGUUGGAAGGGCAGCUGAGUGCUGAGUCAUGUGUUUAGUAUGUACCAGGUCAUAGAUUAAAUCCUUAGCACAGUAUGUGGGAAGAAAAGUCAUCAUUCCAUCCUUAGCACUAAAAAUAACAAGAAAAAGAAAUCAGCCAGAUAAAUGAUACCCUCUUUUUUCUGAUGCUUGGGCAUCAUGCUUAAAAACUUACCCGGUAGUACCUAGGAUUCUGAGAUUAUGUGGCCUUUAGUUCUCAGGACUGAGUGCCUCUGAUUCCAGGGUAGAAGAUUCAUGGAAGCUGGUACGGAGUGGGGUACAGAAGUUCCCUCUGAUGCCUCCAUACUUUUGCAGAGAAGGGAGGAAGAAUCUUGGUCUGAAGAUAAAUUCUUUUUUUUU